ACUUGAAAUAUUGAAGUCUCCUUUGAAACACGUUGCUGGCAGGGACUUAUACCCUGUCGCUUUAGAAUUCCAUGCCAGAAUUCACUGCCUUCCCAUAAGGCUUAUACAUGACGGCUUGCUUGAAACCAUGUUGAAUUGAUUUUUCACCCGCACAUGACCAUUUCGUCAGAAAAGCUGCUUUAGCGAAUGGUAACAGCAUGUGGCUUGGAGAAACCAGGCACCCAAAUGUAUUUGUAUGGUGUAACCUACUUUGUCCUUCUCCCUUGUUUUAUCGUUCAGCGUAAGGUAAUGUUUCAAAAUGUUAUUGGUCAAGAAAGAUCAUGGGCAGUCAUUUGAGUUGAUUCUUCAUGACACUGUCAGUGUUUUGGCCAACAUUUAAAAGUGAGUCUGUUUCGAAGUUCCAACACGGACCUAAAUAACUGGAUAAUUAUGUCCGUGGUUCAAAUAUCACAUGAUUUGCUAAAUAGUGUGUGUGUGUGGUAAGACGUGUAAUAUUAAGGGUUAACUUCUGACCAAAAUGUCAACGUGAUGAACGAUCCAAGAAAAACAAUUAUUGAAUAUUCCUUAAAUAAUUAAGUAACCUCGUACGACAACCAUUCAAAUCACAUUGAGAUUCCAGGACAAGUGGAUGUUUCAUUGUGGUUCCAGAUAGCGUUUCCUUCCACCCUGACAAGCAUGGACCAGGUGCAUGUAGCGGUGUACAUUUUACUAAUCCUGAAUUUCAAGGCAGUUGAAGGUGAAGCGGUAUCUCAGGUCAUUGCUCAGGUUGGCAUAGAGGCCUGUAAGAAGGGGUGCGCUGUAAAUUCAGCUUGUCUGGCUGUAGCGUAUGACGCUGCAGAGAUGUCAUGUGAGAGGUACUGGAUGGGAAAAAGACGGGCGGUACAGAGAACAUCGGGUUCUCUGACGUGGAUGCAAAUGGAAAGAGAAAAUGGACACAACAACAACAAUUGCCACGACAAGUUCCAGUCGCCCAUCGUAACACAUGCACAGCGGAAAGUCUGCCUUCUUAAACUGGGAUGUGCUGCUUGUUUGGACCCACCUGAAAUAGCUAACGCUGAUGUACGAUUGACCCUUCUGCCAACUGAAGUGGUGGCUCUAUACAGCUGUUGGAAACACUUCAAAUCCUUCAGAGAGACAUCUUUUACUGUCACGUGCAGUGCCGGUAAUCCCUGGCCCAAACCUCAACGAGCCUGCACAAGCACUGCCCAUAUACUAUGUGAAGACGAUUAUGUACUACCAAAGGACCUGAGGGGAAAGAGGAUAGUUAAAUUCUGUGCUAUCCCCGAAGACAGCCCUGUCUUUUCCAUCAAUUUCAUGAGAGGGAAGGACGUUCUGCUUCAUAUCAAGCCAACAUUCGACGCCCUCCACGGGAAACAGCACCAUGUAAUUGUUUUCAAUGCCCUUGUCAACAACCAAUGGCAGCACGAUGUCGUUAAAGGUGGCUACUUCCCAUUUAAGUUAAACGAGGAAUUUUGUUUACAAGUGUACCGAAAAAGCAGACAAUAUAUCAUGAAACUCGGCGAAAGGAAAUUCUCUUUAAAAGAUAAUGCACCUCGGAAGUCGCCAAAUGUGGUUCGACUGGGCAAGGGAAUAAUACCAACCAAGAUGGCGAUGACGUAUUAACGGCCGACCGUCAUGAACAGGUGUGGGGUAGCCUUGUGGUUAAAGCCUUGGCUCAUCGUGACGAAUAUCCGUUUUCGAUUCCCACAUGGAUACAAAUUGUUAUGUGGCUGAAGAAUUGUUAACCAUGGCGAAAAUCAUGCUCAUUCUAUCAGUUAACACAUGCUGAAGUGCUGAAAUUCCGGAGGGACUACAUGGUAACAAUUAUUGUAACAAAGCCAACCUGUUUUCGUCGUGAUGUCUGGAUAUCUGGAGGUGUUUUGAAAAUGUAUGGAAAAUAUAAACACAAUAAUUUGUCCUCAGGUGUUUCAAAAAUAGAUAAACGUUCAAUGGACAAGCUGGGCGUGAAAUUCUGAAAACAUAAUGUGUUGUGGUAUACCCGCGUUGUAGGGUUUAUCCUCUCAAACAAAAAAUGUGAGGUUUGAAGCGCUAAGAAAAUAUUCUGUCGCAAAAAAAAACACACAAAGAAAAGCAACCCCCUAAGAAAAACAAACGGAACAAACAAAAAACAAUAACAACAACAACAUAAAACAAACCACAACAAAAAACAUACCAAAAAUACACCAACACCAUAAAGACCAAAAAACACCAAAAAACCUUAAGUAAAUUUGCAAUGCUGUUGUAUCUCGUCAAUCGAUGUACAUAAGAAAGGGUCCUGAUACGUGUAAGGCCCUGAUGGAAGGACGUCAAGCACUCGCCAGGGACUGGUUUGAUGUAAUGUAACGAGGUACUAUCCGGCAAUGAGCCCGUCGUAUCCCUUUAACGCGAUCGGUAGUAUGUGAUAGGGGCUUUAUCUAAAACGAAUCAAAGAUGUGGGACAUAAUCUCAAUGUCGGUGAUGAUUAUGUCGAUGGUUCUGUACUGCUGGACGGUACAGAAAUGAGUGUCAACCAA